AUGGCGCGCGGCAUGGGGCCAGUCCGGCUACGGAGGACGAACUACGUGACUCUGUCCAUUGGAGCUGUCUUGUGCCUCUUUAUCAUCUAUUUCCUCGUCCACAGCGGUUCCGACGCCCCGUCCUCGACCUCGACCUCGGCCUCGAAAAACGCGAACCGACCUCCAACCCGCAAACCGGCCUUGAAGUCGAGUCUCAUCGGUGACCGACCCCCCGUACGCCGCUUCAACCUCAACAAUGUCACAAUCACCACCGAUCCAAUUGGCAACCAGGAGGCCGUCCUCAUCUUGACCCCGAUGGCGCGCUUCUACCAGGAGUACUGGGACAAUCUGAUGAAGAUAAAUUAUCCCCACGACCUCAUCUCACUCGGCUUCAUUCUACCCAAGAACAAAGAGGGAAACGCGGCCACAAUUGCGCUACAGGCGCAAAUCACCAAGACGCAGAAAGGGGCAGCCAAACACAGGUUCAGGAGCAUCGUUAUAGAGCGUCAAGACUUUGACCCUCCCCUCAUGUCGCAAGAUGAAGGUGAACGACACAAAAUGGAAAAUCAGAAGGCGCGGCGCGCUUCCAUGUCCAGAGCACGGAAUUCGUUGCUGUUUACCACCUUGGGACCUGAUACCUCCUGGGUGCUCUGGCUGGACUCCGAUAUUGUUGAGACGCCACCGACUCUGAUCCAGGACCUCGCAGCACAUGACAAGGCCCUCAUCGUACCGAACUGCUUCCAAAGAUAUAUCGACUCCGAGACGGGCAAGCCAGCGGAACGGCCUUACGACUUCAACAGCUGGCAAGACAGUCCCACAGCACAGGAAAUCGCCGCCAAGAUGGGCCCCGAUGAUAUUCUUCUCGAAGGUUACUCCGAGAUGGCGACCUACAGAGCUCUCAUGGCCUAUAUGGGGGAAAAGGAGAAUGACGCAGGCCUCGAGGUCGACUUGGACGGCGUGGGAGGCACGGCACUGCUGGUCAAGGCAGACGUUCACAGGGACGGUGCCAUGUUUCCACCCUUUCCGUUCUACCAUCUGAUUGAGACAGAGGGCUUCGCCAAGAUGGCGAAGAGGUUAGGUUGGCAGGCUGUAGGCUUGCCAAACUACAAGGUCUACCAUUACAACGAGUGA